UUAUAUAAAUGUAUAGGAUACAUAAAUCUGCAACACAGGCUAGAAACAGGCUGUUAAAGGCACCAGAGUGACGUGGCUCUAUUGUACAUGGGGAUAACUGUAUACAUUCAUUUAAUUCAGGGUGGAAAGUAAAACCAAAUAAUUGAUGGAAUUGGCUCUAAAUACUAGGGAGGGCGGCAGGUAGCCUAGUGGAUAGAGCGUUGGACUAGUAACCCAAAGGUUGCAAGAUCGAUUCCCUGAGCUGACAAGGUAAAAAUCUGUUGUUCUGCCCCUGAACAAGGCCGUCAUUGAAAAUAAAAAAGUGUUCUUAACUGACUUCCCUAAUUAAAUAAAGGUUAAAAAAAUACAUCAUAAUGAGCAGCAGUAGGUCAGGUGUUUUGGUUUUCCUCUGGUUAUUUUGACAAAUCACGAUUUGGCAGGUGUUGGCGUCCUCCUCGUUCCAUCAUCUCAACUCCUAACACGUAUGAACCCAGAACUAAAUAGAGCGGCUGACCAAUUACGUAAGACAUUAGUUCUGGGUUAACCAAGACUAACUCAGGGGAGAACAAUGUGUUCAACUUCAAUGAACGCUCAAUCAAAGGUUCUGAACAUAAGACAGAGGGGCAUUACAAGGACCACUUCCGUUUUGAUAAAGUGAUUAGGAAAAAAACGGUACAUUUGUGGAAAGUAGUGAACAGUUACACACUUCAGGAGAAAGGAGGUAUUAUAAGGAUGCACCAGUCAGAUAUAGAAUACAAUAAUCAAAUGUUUCGUCUGAUGAUGUUCUAUGUACAAUACUUCCUGUGGUCACCAGGACAGAGCUAGUCCAUCCUCCGCCACCCUGCCGGAGUCCCCUGGUCACAACUCUCCUGGUAGCGCCUUACUGCUGGGUCUGAAGAGGGUGUCUGUGUGGCUGGUCGACUGCAGGAAAACACCAGGGCAGAGUGGAGCUGUGAGAGAAGGACACGAGGAGGGAGAUGGAGAUCUGAUUUCAUCAAGGGACACCCCUAAUUGUUGUUCUCUCAGUGGGAGGGGCUUAUCAUCUGGGGAGCCUCAACAACAUCCUGUUGCUGACGAGACAGAGAAGAGUCUCUCCAGAUCAGAACAUCUCAAUAAACACCAGCAGGGACUGCUGCUCUGCUGCUCUGACUGUGGGAAGAGUCUCACAAGCCAGAGUGGCUUCAUUAUUCAGUGUGGGAAGAGUUUUGCUGCAUCUAACACCUUCAAAUCUAAUGUAAGAAUUCAUACAGGGAAGAAGCCUUAUCCCUGCCUUGAUUGUGGGAAAAGCUUUGUUAGUGCAGGAGUCCUAACCAUACACCAGCGGACACACACUGGAGUGAAGCCUUAUAGCUGUGAUCAGUGUGGGAAGAGCUUCAAUCAGUCAGUCCACCUGACUACACACCAGCGAACACACUCUGGAGAGAAGCCUUAUAGCUGUGAUCAGUGUGGGAAGAGCUUUGUUCAGUCAGUCCACCUGACUACACACCAGCGAACACACAGUGGAGAGAAGCCUUAUAGCUGUGAUCAGUGUGGGAAGAGCUUCGUUCAGUCAGUCCACCUGACUACACACCAGCGAACACACACUGGAGAGAAGCCUUAUAGCUGUGUUCAGUGUGGAAAGAGCUUCGCUGUAUCAGAAAAACUAACCAUACACCAGCGAACACACACUGGAGAGAAGCCUUACAGCUGUGAUCAGUGUGGAAGGGGCUUUUCUCAAUCAGUAACCCGGAAUAAACACCAGCGAAUACACACAGGAGAGAAGCCUUAUAGCUGUGUUCAGUGUGGAAAGAGCUUUGCUGUAUCAGAAAAACUAACUAUACACCAGCGAACACACACUGGAGAGAAGCCUUAUAGCUGUGAUCAGUGUGGGAAGAGCUUUGCUGUAGUUUCCUCCCUGAUUAGACACCAGGUAACACACACUGGAGUGAGAACUUAUGUCUGUCUAUGUGGGAAGAGCUUUGGUCUAGCUUCCUCCCUUACUAUACACCAGCGAACACACACUGGAGAGAAGCCUUAUAGCUGUGAUCAUUGUGGAAAGGGCUUUUCUCAAUCAGUAAACCGGAAUAUCCACCAGCGAACACACACAGGAGAGAAGCCUUACAGCUGUGAUCAUUGUGGAAAGAGCUUUGCUCUAGCUUCCACCCUGACUGCACACCAGCGAACACACACUGGAGAGAAGCCUUAUAGCUGUGAUCAGUGUGGAAAGAGCUUCAAUCAGGCAUGCAACCUGACUAAACACCAGCGAACACACACUGGAGAGAAGCCUUAUAUGUGAUCAGUGUGGGAAGCGUUU